GAAUGAUACACCAAAAAGGCAUAAAAAACAACCAGGAGGUAUCAAGUCAUAUAUCCUCUCUUUCUCUUUCUCUUUUAUCUCUCUCCAUCCAUAUCAAAGAAACACAACAUGGAUCUUUAAUUUCCCAAGAGAGAUCAGAGAAUAUGUGAUAUAUGUUUGAUCGGUGAAGUUGCACAUAUGAUCCCAAGUGUUGGAAGAGAAAAAUAGAGGCACAACAUCCAUUAUAAUAAAUGAGGUAAUUUGUAAAGGGGGAAUUGUAGCAUUUAUAUUGAGCGGCAUAAAAUAAAUAAAUAUGUCAGAGGGAUUUGAGAUUCAUCAAGAGAAUAAUGAAGGAAGUGGUGGCGGCAAGAGUAGUAAUGAUAAUGAGGGUGAGGAAAAUUCAUUUGACUUGAAUGAAGGAGCGGCUAUGAUGAGUAGUGAUGAGGAAUUGGAAGAAGAGAAUAAUAAUGAAGAAGAAGGGAAUUCAACAAAUCCAAGUAGCAGCAGCACAGCAUCAAGAGAAGGGAAGAGAGGGAGUGGUGUGAGACAAUAUGUGAGAUCAAAGAUGCCAAGGCUUCGUUGGACUCCUGAUCUUCAUCUCUCCUUUGUCCAUGCUGUUCAGAGGCUUGGAGGUCAAGAAAGAGCAACACCUAAAUUGGUGCUUCAGCUAAUGAAUGUCAGAGGCCUAAGCAUUGCUCAUGUCAAGAGUCACUUGCAGAUGUAUCGAAGCAAGAAACUUGAUGACUCUGGCCAAGUAGUAAGAAGUGAAAGACAGAGAAGCAAGCAUGAAGUAGGUGGUGUGGCGUAUGAGACGAUGAUGAAGAGGAGUAGUCCUCAUCAACAUUUCAAGAUGGGAAACGGUGGAAUUUUUCUUACUACUAACUACACCACCACCACUACUCCAUUCUCCUCCCUCCCACAUUCUUCAAAGCCCACAAACCACCACCUAUGGCACUUGAAUCAUCAAAUACCUUCUAUUAGAAGACCAAUAACACCACCGUUGCAAACUCAACUAGCCAGCAGAAUUACUCCCAUGAGACCAAGCCGAUUUCUUGAAGAGAAAAAGUGGCCUCCUUUUCAUCACUGGAAAUUCAAAAGGCUUCCUAAUACCAACAACAUUACACUACCCUCAUCACAUUCCUCUCCAUUCGCCACCACCUCUGACUUCAUCACCUUUGGAGACAACACCACCACAACAAUCAGAGACUAUCUAUCAAACUCCAAUACUUUCAAGUUGAAUCAUCAAGACAAGCAGUUGCAGCACAAAGAGAAGCAAUGGGUUCCAGAUUUGCAACUGGGUUUGAGUCAUCACAAAGAUGGAGACAACAAUGAUGGCACAGGAACCCCAGAAAUUAGCACUAAACUUUCACUUUCAUAGACUUUAAUUAACUUAGCUCUGUCAAUAACGGAAAUACCAUAUAAUUAACCUACUCAAUAUCAUACACUCUCAGAUGAUAUAACUAACUAAUAAUUAAACAUAUAUUAAAACCUUUUCCCACAAAAAAAAAAAACACAAAUGCAGGCCGUCGCUA